AUGUCCAGAACUAAGGUGUUUCUAGACGUGUCCAUUGGCGGUGUUGCCAAGGGACGCAUGGUAUUCGAACUUUUCAACGAUGUGGUGCCCAAGACCGCUGAGAACUUCUACAAACUGUGCGAGGGCAAAUCUGGCUUCUGCAAAAGCAAGCCCGACGUGCCAUUGAGCUACAAGGGCUCUUUGUUCCACCGUGUGAUCAAAGGGUUCAUGCUGCAAUUUGGGGAUUUUACCAACUUCAACGGCACUGGUGGUGAGUCCAUUUACGGCGAAAAGUUCGAGGACGAGGAUUUUUCACUCAAACACGACCGUCCCUUCCUUUUGUCCAUGGCCAAUGCGGGCCCCAACACUAAUGGCUCGCAAGCCUUCCUAACAUGUGUUCCCACGCCCCACUUGGACGGCAAGCACGUCGUCUUUGGCGAGUUGAUCCAGGGCAAGAGAAUCGCACGCACAAUUGAGAACCUGCCAACCGACUCUGGUGACAAGCCCGAAGCCGACGUGAAAAUCGACGACUGCGGGGUCUUGCCCUCUGACUACGUCGUUCCUGCAGACGCAGAACAGACGCCUACGGACCAGUUUGGAGACAACUACGACGACGUUUUGGCCGACGACUCAAAGGUCGACCUGGCAGACGUGGACUCCGUUUUGAACGCCGUUGGCGCCGUGAAAGACAUCGGAACGACUUUGUUCAAGGCCCAAGACUACAAAAACGCACUGCUCAAGUACGAGAAAGCCUCUUCCAUGCUCAAACAGUAUUUCCCCGACGACUUGACCCCCGAGAAAACGCAGGCCGUUGACCAGCUUCGCACGUCGCUUUUCCUGAACAUCGCAUUGUGUGCUUUGAAGUGCGGUGAGCACCAGAAGGCCCUCACAGCCACCACCGAGGUUGUUCACGACGCUGCUGCUGACGACAAGAGCAAGGCCAAGGCCCUGUACCGUCGUGGCCUCACCUACUACAAUUUGAAGGAUGCAGAAAUGGCUCUCACAGAUCUCGAAUUUGCUACUACCUACCAACAGAACGAUGCUGCUAUUCUCAGAGCCAUUGCCGAUGCUAGGAAACUGAAAAAAGACCAGGUGGCUAAACAGAAGAAAGCUCUGUCUAAAAUGUUCGCCUAA